AUGUUCCGGAUCAAGUGCCUCAUGCUGAAGCUGGACCCCGAGGAGAUAAAACGGAAGAUGCUUGAGGAAAUGAUCUCCUCCAUACGGAACUUCCUCAUUUAUGUGGCCCUAUUACAAGUCACUCCUUUUAUCUUAAAGAAGCUGGACAGCAUAUGA